UUAGCUUUGAAGCUAACGGCAGGUUGUUGUUGUGUUAUCGGGCUUCAGCUGGGAUGAGGAAGGGGGCGGACGGAGGCCAUACUGACUGACUGUGAGCUGCGGGUGAAAAGGAAGCAAGACUCGUUAGUUCCGCAUUAAAGUACACAGUUUUUGGUGGAUAUUAACACGGUUAACGUGUCGCUCGGUGUGCGUUGCAGUUUGUCGAGCUCGUGCAGGAAGUGUUAACGUUACUCCAGCUAACGCUUAAUGUGAUACGUUUUCGGUCACUGUCAAAUGUCACUCAAAGCUAACCCUGUCCAAAAAUAACGCCCCUCUGAUUUUGUUGAACGUGUCUUUGUACAUUUAAUUGGUAAUUCACUUGUAGAAGUGGGGUUAUGCGUAGGGUCAGGAUUGCAAAACGCUGCACUUAUAUAAGAAGAUUGGUUGUACUUUUUAACUAUCAAAAUCAUACUGCGCCUUUUGCACUACACUUGCAGACCUUUAACGUGUCAUUUAGAUGUCCAGUAGAGCAUUAUUAAAUUGUACAUAACUGUGUUUGUGGUUGGAGAAGCAUGUGAGCACAGAGUCUAACGCGGACUUUAUGGCAGGCAGUUUGAGCUCUCUGUAGGUACACGCCCCCCAACACACAGCACAUCCACGGCUGCUGGAGAAAAGGCACGAAACAUCCAGAAAUUUCCAUGUGCUUUAAGACCUGGUGAAUACAGAGAACCCAACCGGACCACAAUAGACCACACCAGAUUGGGCCCAGUUACUGACCCCACCCCCCCACCCUCAGCCUUGAAGUCUGCAUCCAGCAGCACUCUGCUGUCGUCUCCUUUAGAAGUCAUUUAUUGUGUUGAUCAGACGCCGUCACACCACUGGGACUGGACAAGAGACCCAGAGGUUUCCCCCCGCUGGAGCAACUGUCUGGCAAUGCCUCAGGACAUUGCAUUGAGCUCCAUUCAUUGUGGACAGCCUAACCCUAAGCCCUAUUUCAUUCUCCACAUGAGGACUACUGGUCCUGACAAGCCCAGUGUGAGUGGGAUGGAGCCUCCCUUUGGGGACGCCUUUCAGAACUACUCGUUUGCUGACCAGGCCCUGACCAGCACUGACCUGCUCGCCACCAGCUCUGACCCAGAUUUCAUGUACGAACUGGACCGAGACAUGACCCACCAGCAGAGCCCCUAUAGGGACAGCAUGGUUGGGGUCGGGGACGGAGGCAAGGAGAUGGAGGGCUGUGAUCAGCUCAUGAACCUGGGCGAAUGUGAGACGGUCUGUAGCGGCUCAGCGUUCGAACAGUGGGACUCCUACUGGGAAGACCUCACCAGAUACACACGGCUGACCAGCUGUGACAUCUGGGGCACUAAAGAGGUGGAUUUCCUAGGAUUGGAUGACUUCUCUAGUCCCUACCAGGACGAGGAAGUAAUUGGUCAAACCCCGACACUGGCUCAACUCAACAGCGAGGAUUCGCAGCCUGUGUGUGAGGCGUUCUACCCCCCUGCGGACCUGACCCUGCCUGCCCUCCAGCCUCAGCCGUCUCAGCUUCCCUGUCACAGUAAGAGGCCCCUGGUCCCUGGUCAUGGAUCAGGCGCCAGCUCUGCAUGGCCCUCCCCGAGCUCCACAUCCUCUUCCCGUCCUUCCCGCAGCCUUCUCCCAGACUUUCCCGAAGGCUCCCAAAAAGCCACCAGACCUGUCCCCUCCAGCACUGAGACUAUGGCCAAGACCCAGACCCACCUCAGUCUCACCCAGGACCAUGGCCAAGCUCAAACCAAGCCCCAGGGGCGAGGAGCCAAGAUGGCAGCCCCAACUUCUCACGGCCUUGACUUUGUGAGGAAGGCUAAAGUCCGUGUGAGCGUUGUGCCUAAAACUGAGCCUGAGGAGCCACCCCGGACGGAUUUUGAGAGGCCAGAUCCCCCUCUUCCUCUCUCCCAGCCCAAAGACGAGAAGGCCUCGACUUCAGCGUGCGCCAUCUUGGGGGGACCAGAUGGUGGUGCAGUCAGUGGCUCUGGCGGCCUGAUGAGCUUUGAGAGGAGGGCAGAGGUGGCAGUGAAGAUUGAGAUGCCUGAUGGCUGGUCUGCCACCCUGCCUCAACUGGUUGAGGCGAGCCAGGCCCUGGAGGGCAGCACCUCCGUGCUUGUCAGCGCUGGCGGCGUUCCAGUUGUCGAGGGCACGGAGAAGACAAAGGAGGAGGAACACAACUACUCUCUGUUCCUGAGCCGCAAGCUGGCCGGCAGAGCCCACUCCCUGCUGGAGGAGGACGAGGAGGAGGAAGACGAGGAAGAGGCAGAAGAAGAGGAGGAAGGAGAUGGGCUGGAGCUAGAUGAUGAAGACCACGAUGAGGGUUUCGGCAGCGAGCACGAGCUGUCUGAGAAUGAGGAGGAGGAGGAUGAGGAGGAGGAUGAAGACUACGAAGCAGACAAGGACGACGACAUGAGUGACGCCUUCUCUGAGCCAGGCUGUGACAUGGAGCUGAUGGAGGACAUUAAAGGCCUGACAGCAGGAGUCUCCAGUCGGAAGAGAGGCAAGCGCCGUUACUUCUGGGAGUACAGCGAGCAGCUCACCCCCUCCAAACAGGAACGGAUGCUUAAGCCGUCUGAGUGGGAUCGACACACGCUGCCUAGCAACUUGUACCAGAAGAACGGGCCUCUCCAUGGAAAAUAUAUGCUGAAAAAGUCUCGCCGCACCGACGUGGAAGACCUGACUCCCAAUCCACGCAAGCUGCUGCAGAUCGGCACCGAGCUCCGCAAACUGAACAAGGUGAUCAGUGACUUGACCCCCGUCAGUGAGCUACCGCUCACCGCGCGACCACGGUCCCGCAAGGAGAAGAACAAGCUGGCAUCCAGAGCUUGUCGUUUAAAAAAGAAGGCACAGUAUGAAGCAAACAAGGUGAAGCUUUGGGGAUUGAGCACAGAGUACGACCGGCUGUUGUUUGUGAUCAACACCAUCAAGGAGGAGAUCGUGGCCCGUGUGGAGGACUCUUCUCCACGUCCAACCAACAUGAAUGACACUCUGGAGCAUCUCAUCCAGGAAACACUUGUGGCACCACCAGUUGCUGGGCAGACUUCUGACUUCGUCAACAAGAUCUUGGAAAACACAGGACGCGGCGAUCCCACCGGCGGUCUGGUCGGCCUGCGAGUCCCAACCUCCAAAAUCUAGACAAACCCGCGGUCCACUGAGAGGAGUGGACUAAAUAUUACCACCGUGCUGUCCCAUUGUAACUAUGCUCCCCUCUGCAUGCCCCUCCAACCCAGAGUGUAUACACAUUGUUAGUCACACACACAUACACACAUACCACUCCCUGUGUGUACGUAUGUGUGCUUGUUUUAGCCAUGCACCUCUAUGGCAUACACCCUAGCUUUUUGUCUCUGCACACUUUGAGCAGAGUCAGUGCGUCAAUGUCUCCCAACCCAUUGUGAGCGUCUGUUGGGAUAAGCGCCUGUAAAAGCAAGGGAUGGUUAGGUGUAUAGCUAAUAGCACGUCCUGAAUCCACUGGUGAUUAUUAGAUGUGUUUAACAUAGCAUUGUGUAGGGUCAGUUCUGUUGAAGGACUGCUUUCAGGGCUGAGACAGAGAUAGCCACACAAGUGUAACCACUGGAAUACUUUUACACAAUUUGUUUGAGGUUGUAAUAACAGACCAUAGCUUGUUACACGUCAGACACCAACAGAGGUUGAAAACGUUCCAGUUAUCUUUUCCCAGAUGAGGUACACCUCACAUGGCAACAAAAAUGAACUCCAUUAUGUUAAAUUGACCUACUCAGUAAAGUACUUUGAUGAAAACAGCUUUGGUUGCCAAGACAGCUGCAGAGAAAAAAAAAGCAGCGCGCUCCAAGGCGUUAUGGGGUGACAGAAAAUAUUUUGUACUGAAGGCCUAAAUACGUUCAUGCCAUCCCCUGAUUGCCAAUCAGGUCUGCUGUUAAACGAAUGAGUUAGGAGCUUUUAGCAGAUUAAAGCUUGAAACAAAAAAAGUAGUAAAAGCUGAAAGUUAAAAUUAGACUUUAACAAUUAAGCGUCAGACAUCCUUCUGGGUAGAAGAGGAAGCUUAAUUUCUAAUUUUGACAACCUUGACUUAAACAACAGUAGGUAGUUGACCAUGUGGAGAGGAAGUGCAUGUAGUUUUGGUGCUUUUUGGCCUUGUGCUGGUUCUGACUGGACUGGGUGAAACUGGCAUUUUGCCAGUAUGGGAGCAGAUAGUGAGGAAGAUGAUGGUGGUGAUUGAGAUGGCAAUACUAGGGAUCCAUCUCCUCUAGAAAUCUGUAUAUAAAAGUGUCUCCCAGUGAAAGAAAAACGGCACCUGCUCCCCUUUUUGUACAGUAGAGAUGACCAGGCUAACAGUUUGGUGUGUUCAUACUAGUGUUUGGUCAGAGUUCUAUUCAUUGUGCCUUGUUCCUGUAAGUCUGAGUGUGUGUGUAUGUGUGUGUGCAUGAGAGGGACUGAAUGAGAAGAGGUAAUUGGUCAGAACUCCUCUGAGGUCCAGCCAAGGAGAGGACUACUUUACACUGAGGGAGAUUGGUAGUGAGGAGGGCGACACCUGUGGGGUUUGUAGUGUAUUUCAGUUGUCUAAAGAUCUUCUGAAUGUACAUAAAAGAAAAUGGAAGCUCUCGUUGCGUGAUGCCACAGAGUCUGUGUACAUAGGAGGGCUCUGCAAUAGAUUACUUUUGGUUUUUGGUACUCUGUCUUUAGGGAUCGUGGGCGGGGGGGGAAGAGAUAUUUUCGUUUAGAGUUACACAAAAAAUAUUUGCACACUAUAUUUUGAUUGUUUUUUGUACCAAAGACACAUGCAACGAAAUGGCGACCUGCCAGUUAAAGUAAGGUUUUGCACAGCUUACCUGACGCCGUAUUGAAUGUAAGAAAUGUGGGAGGGUCAGGGAACUUCAUAGAACUGUGAAAUUAGCUCGGGUCCAAUUCUGUACAGAAAAGGAACAUUCAUUCAUGUUUUUUAAAUCUAAAAAUGACCCUAUCUGUGGGCUUCUCCAGUAGAUUUGUUGCUUAGCAAGCACUUCAUUCCUGAACUGAUUCCUCCCUCCACAUGCUAUUUGUGUUAAUGGCGCUAUCUAGGCCAAAAACCAAGAGCGCUAGUAGAUAAGCUAUGUUACAUUUUUACUUGUGUGUCAAAAUGUCAGCAACAAUAACCAAAAUGUUUCGUCACUUGUUUUAUUUCUGUAUGUAGAUAAGGUUUAGUUCAUCAACAAAAUAUUAACAGAAUUGUGUUUUUAAAGUACUGUAUAUAGAAGCAUUAAUGAUAUAUAUCAACGGUGAAAUGCCACUUUUCAUGACAAUGAUUCAUUUUAAAGCAUGACACAUUUCUAAAGCCUGUCCUUGCGUCAAGAAAGUUAGAGGAAAAAAAACCCAACCCCCCCCCAAAAAAAGUGUUAUAUUUUUGUACUUUAGCUGCCUGCUAGCUUUCCUGUUGGUUUCAAAAUAUUUUUUGAGAGAAGGCAUAUGCGAGGAAAGAGGAAAAGGGUCUGAAAGAGCAGCCAGUCAAUCUUAUUUCACUCCUUAACCGGCAAGUCGGUUGAAUUUUUUACUUCCUGGGAUUGGCUCUGCUGCCUUUCGAGGAUUCAUUGCUGAAUUGUAUUUGCCUGGCCUUUCCUUUGGUCCUCAGCUUACAGCUUUCCUGGCCGGACACAGCCGCAAAGAAUAACUCUGAUCAUCAAAACACACAGAGCUACCACGACCAGGCCACAUAUUGGCAGCGUGUCCAACCGUUAAAAACUGCAUGACGCCUGUAUGCUUCCCUCCCUGCUGCGUCCUCAGAGGAAACGCUGCCAUUCCCGGGAAUUUUUAAAUUCUAGCAGGCAAAUACAAAGAAACAACUGAAUGUUUGACGAGGCUGAAUUCAGGUCAGUUUCAAGUGAAGAAAGAACUCCUUCACAGAAUGAUGAUGGUGAUGCAGAGGCGUAGUCUUUCUGUAUCGUGGGAUUGAAUAACAGCUAGUGCUACAUAUAUAUAUAUUUUUACUGUUUUCUGUUCUGUCUAAAAAGGGAGAAUUGGUGCUUUUUUGAAAACUAGAAUGAUGAGUAUCCAUGAUUCUUAUUUGACUUUUUAGUCUAGUUGUAGCCUAAUGACUUGCUCUCCCCCACCGUCCAUAGCUAUUUUCUUAGUAGUGAUUCAUUUUUGUAAAUAGUUAAUAUGUAUCUUAUAAAUGUUAGAUAUAUGUAUAGAAUACUCUAUCUUAUAUGUUUGAAAACAAAAGCACUUUGUCCAAAAAAGAAAAAAACAAACAAAAAGAAGAGCAUUUUUUUCUUCCAUUUGCUGCUAAAAGGCCUGGUGUGAAUGCUGCAAGUGUACUUGACGACUACUUGCUAGGAUAGGUCUAUUACCUGACUUGGCUAGGUCUAUAAACUAGCAAGGAAUAGGUGUAUGGUCUGGCGAGGGUUAGAUCUACAUGUUUCUGGAGCCAUGUAAUGAUAUGAGGUGUUGUAUGAGAGCGUAUCAUUUCUUGGCUUUGGGAAGCCCAGUGUGGUUUUAAAAAACAAAACAAAAAAAAAAACAGAGGGUUUUGAUUCCAGGGCCCCUACAUUGAUCCUGAUGCUGACCCCCGUGGUGUCAUGAUUCAUUUGCCUUCAGUAGAGGUUUCCUAUGGAAAAACUGAUUCUGCUUUGGCUUCCUCUUCAGGGUGAUGUACAGUGUAGACACAUUUCUCCAGAGAGCUAUAUUGUUAUCAUUUGUAAACUGAUUUCUACUUGUGACUUAAUGAGGAGAGGUUUAGCCUGGGGCGGCCAGGAAGAGCCUGUUUGAAAGAUGUUGUUCCGGGCCGCCUUGGGGGAAGUUACUAUAUCACUGUACUGUAUGGCAAGCCAAUUACAAAUGGAGACUCAAUCUGGACACUUAUUGCCUUCUUAAAUAACCUUUCACUUACACACAAAUAAAAAUAACAUGGCAGACGUGUCAUUGGCAAGGUGCCCGAGGCUUAUGACAUUGUUCUGCCAUUAUACGGUCAACAACAACAACAACAACAACAACAACAAAACCAUUCAGCCUGAUAGGCUCAAAACAACCUUGACUGAAACAGCAGACGUGGUGAAACAUAUCUGAAAAAUUGAGCUCAGUUGUGUCUUUUGGGACGAUAUUAAGCGUUUCUUUUCAGCUAUGAUUUGGCCGAAGUCUGGUAGGGGGUCAACAGUGGUUAGAAGGGCCGCUGGUUGACGGAGAAUUGUCUGACAAGAGAGACAUGUGUGUUUUGUUGUCGAUCACGAGGCUGGUUCAAGAAAGAGUCCUCACAGGUUUUUACAUUUAACAUGAUAGGUGCAAGCUGUGCAACUUUACAUUCAAACCAGGAGACUCUGUGGCAUUUUAACAGUCAAGGAAACGAGCGAAAAUCCACGCCAGUAAAACUAUUCCUUUAUUAUUUUUUUAUUUCUGAUGACAUAAGUCCUAUACAGUCAGAUGUUAAGCUAAUAGAGUGUGUAAUUUUGUGCUACUCUUAUCCAAUAAAAGCUAAGUGAUCCAUAAAGCUCUUCUUCAGCAAAUCAGGGUAAUAUCGUUCUUCUAUCUGACGUAUGUGAUGACAUAUAAAAUCUAAAGAAAAUAUAUUUAUGUAUUCCAAUUAUUGUCGCCAUUCUUUACUCUGUACAAAAUAUUCUGUGUGUGUGUGUGUGUUAUGAAUUAUCAAUGUCAAUCAAUAUAGUGCAAUGCUCAACAUAAACUGAAAAAAAAAAAAAAACUUCACACAUACAAGAAUUCACACAGUUUCUCCGCUUUCUCCAAAUCGGUAUUCAAACAUACACAAUCUACAUUUUCUUGUCCGUGAUCCAAGUGGGGUUUGUAACAUGGUGCUGAUUACUUGUCAUUAUUCAAGAAAUAGUCCAAGAAAUAAAAUGGCAUCUGUAGUCAGAUUUACUCACAAAUAGCACUGUCCAUAUGAUUAUUGUUGUCAGUAACUGUCAUCUGACCAGACCCCCCCCCGCGAUCCUUUUCAUUGAUUUUAACUGUCUCUGUUGGACCAAUCAGAGGAAGAUUCACACUGAUUCUUGCUCUAAACAACAACAGAAUGGCGAUUUCUGUAUUAAUGACCUGUAUGAUCGUUAUUGUUAAACAUACCAUUAUUUCUUUUGUAAAAGUCAGACUCAUGGAUUUGGUAUCACUGCCUAAAGGAUCUUUAUUCCAUUUGGGAGGUACAAAAUGUUCACCAGAACUGUAAAAUAAAUGCACAUAUUCUGGUGUAUUAGGACUAGUGUAAUAAAAUAAAAUAGUAAAAUAUUUUUUGUUGAAUUAAAUAAGUGAAAUUUCAUUAUAAGAGGCAACCAUUUGACAGACAGUUUCGUUGAUACACUUCUAGUUAAUCAUUUCCAAUUUUAGUCAAGUGCAAAAAUAUAUAAUUUGUCUACAGGCAAACCUAAAAUUAAAAGCUGCACUAAUCAGUAUUUCUUUGUAGAAAAAACACCCACCUGUCCAGAACCAAACGACAGACAGAAAACGAAAAUGGUAGCUGGUGAAAGAUAUUUCCCUCAGGAGAGGUGGUGGAUCCCAAAAAACGGAGCUUAAAGAAUAGUGAAUAUUGGACUUUCAUUCACUAGACGCCAAAUUAAUCAGACUGUUUGCUAACAUGUUCACCAACAACAACUUUAUCAGUGAAAAUAUGUCAAUAUUCAGCAGUUCUUUCAAGGAUAUUUAUAUUUUCUAUAUAAUUAGUACCAAAAUACACACAGUAGUUGUUUCCAGUAAACUUCUUAGGAGGUCAUUAGGAAAUUACGGAUCUGUAUGAUAAGUGUUCACCUCCUGCUCGAUGUGAUAUCAGAUCUCAGAGUCUGGCUUUGAGUUUCUAUGGAGGCAUUUUGAAUGUUUCUUGUCUUGUUUGAUCCUAUGUGGGCUGCCCUCGUUGCUUGUAAAAACACCUCUUCUUCAGAGGCUGUUUGCUUACUGCCCUCCACAUUUUGUAAAGUAGAUACAUACAGAAAUGUACUCUGUGACAAAACAAAAAUGGCAGUGGGAAUGAUGUUUCUGCAUGCCUAUUCCCUGCAUAGCACUGAGAGAGAGAAUCGAGUGACGUCUGGAGUUCUUCGCAGAUUGGGAAAUAAUUUGGCCAAUCAUCAGAAAGCGUCUCCAUCGUCGUUCACUCACUGUACUCUCAGUUGAAUGAUUUCAUACUUGCUGCUAUUGAAUGAGCACAAUAAGACUUUAGAUUUUGGUUUAGAGUGUCCGUGACACAAUUACAGUAUAUUAUUACCACACACCCCGGUUAUCUUUCACACCUUUUUUCCUAUGACAGUCAAAAAACCAACAGUGUUACUCACCUUGCACUUGGUUUUUACAUACACAAGGAAAAAAAACAUUACUUUGAAUAUGAUGCCUGCUGAACCAGGUGCCUUAAUCAAAUAUAUGAGAACACAAGUCUGCACCUUCUGUCAGUCUGGAGGGGGUUUCCCUGCAGGAACAAGGGGCUGGGUUUCCCAAAACCUAAACUUGAAAGUACAAAAAAUGAAAUGAAAGAAACCUAAUUUUAACCCUAAAUCAAUACAUUUUGUAUAACAAUCAGCCUUUAACAGCAGAAAGGCGAACUCUGUAUAGGAUUUCCCUUUUAAAGUAUUACAGAAGAAGAGCAUAAAUGCUUGUAAACUGAAUUGAUGAUGUUUUGGGAAACCUGGUUCUGUUUUUAACUCUUUCUCUGCCCACUACGCCACGUUAUUGUGUUUUCUGUAUCGGCUGCUGCUGCUGCUGCUGCUGCUAUCACCGCUGGUGUGUCUGUGUAGAGAUGAGCAAACUUCCACUGUGUUUGAGGCAGCGGGAGACUUGGGCCUGCUUUUUACCUAUAGUCAGUUACAAUGUAUUCUUCUUCUGUGGUUGUUGCCUCUUGAGAUCUUUUUUUUUUUUUUGAGAAAGAAAAAAAAAAAAGGAAAAAAAGCAGAAAACAGAACUUUCCGUUUCUUAACUUUGCUAUUAUGAAGUGCCAGACCCUCCUUGAAGUCAGUGUUGACACUGAGUCACGGGUUGCGAAUGAAGCGACAAACUGAGCAUGGAGGUAAACUGUGGUGCUAAUCUGUCUGUGGCUGGGUGCUAACAUGGCAGAGUUAAAAAGCUGUCUUAGCCAUUCAAUUCCUUCUGUUGAUGACUCUGGUCAGUCUCGUGUUUCUGACUGCCGCACUGCUGUAUGCUGACAUAGCGAGGUAUAACUCUGCUGUUGCUGCUUUGCUGAUGAAUGUAGACUAGUCUUCCUCAGUAGGAUUGUACAGACGCGAGUGUCUGGUGGAGCUUUUCCUGUUGUUCUACUUCCUUAGUUAGACUUUUUUGGAGGGAGACACUUGUCGUCCAGGAUCCAGAAAGAUCAUGAAUACUUGUGUGUUCAAACCUUUAAAAAAAAAUUAAUAUUAUGGUUUAAUAUUUAUGCUCUGACUCUGUCAAAUGUUGCACGUUUGAAUUUGUUUUUCCUAAAUUUUAUUUUAUUGACUUUAUUUCCUCUGAUCCCAGUGUUCAUACCAUUUCUUUGAUAUUUAUUUGUUUCGUCCUGUAAAUGAAUAUGUGAAGGAGACAGUUUGUUUAAACCAGACUUUAUAGCUUUUCCACUGAAGCAGGUAUCCCCAUGAGUCCCAGACUUCACAUGAGACUCUUCACAUGAACCAGAGUCACAAUGAAACUGAAAGUCCCUGUGUCCUUGUAUACAAAUUGUAGACAAACAUUUUACAUAAAAAUUUUAUUAGAUUUACUCAUCAUGUCAUUAAGAUGACCUCAUCAUGUACCAUAAAUAAGAUUGUUGUACAAUCUUGCCACUCUAUGGCAAAUGGUUAUGAAGACAAUCAUCAAAUAAUGCUUAUAAACACAUUAUAUCUAAUUUGUUUGAUUGUUAAAAUGUUUUACAGGUGUUAUGUACUAGACUAUUUCUUGGCGUGGGGCAGUGACUUCCUGGAGUCCUGUUGUAACCAGCGGAGACUCCGGUUGUUGGCUGUGAUUUUACAUCAUAAGAGAAAGAUGAACAGGGCAGUUUGUCGAUUUCUUUAGUGUGGCCAAAGAUAUUUACAACCUGAAAAAUAGCCUGCACCGAUUUUCGCCAGAUUUGUCCAUAAACAAAACUCACAGUGUGUCAUCAGAAUAAUUUGAUUAUGGUACAAUUAAAUAAAUUAACAAAAAAAAAACAACCCAUAGAAAUACUACACAUAGUGUCUUCAGUCAUUUCUGUUCUUGCCUUCCUGCCCUUUAGUAUCCUCAUACUUUAUACUUUCUCUGCAUGAUGUUCUGCCUUAAUGUCACUUAAAGGAAACACGAUGCUCUCAGAUCUGCAGUUUCAUUGUGACUCUGAGUCAUCGUUGUCUGUGAAGCCCUUAAAGCGUUCUGUCAUUGGAUGUUUUGACGCGGUUAGAAGGGGCGAUAGAGCCCUAAAACCGGCUCAUUGAGUCAGCAAAGAGAACCUCACCUUGACACGAUCCUUCUUUUGUCACGGCUCCGGGAGGAGUUGGCUCGUCUGCUCUCUCUAAUUUUGGUGGGGAAAAUUAAAAAAAAAUUGUUCAGUUUUCUGGGAAAACUUUACCACUGCGACAGAGAUGUUUUGCUCCUUCUGGGUGCUUUUUUUGUUGUUUUUUUUUUCAGAAGGGCUUUGGUUCGCAGUUGUCUCGUCAGGGAACCCCUGAGAUUAGCCAGGGGUCACUAAAGGCUGGUGGGCAGAGACCCCUCACCCUCCCCUGCAAUGAGUGAUGAGAGGAGAGUUUGUUUCCUCUUCUGCAGACUGAUAUUAUUAAAGCAAACGACAACAACCCAUCCUAGUUGAUUAAAAACAAAACCCCUCUUUUCCAUAUCUACACACGUCCAACUCAUCAUCCAACACUGCAAUGAUUUACAUCUCCCUCCAGACUUGCCAAAAUGCAUGGAGCGAGAGAUAUUUAACAAAAAGAGUUUAUCCUAAAGCAUCUGUUCUGGGGUUGUUUUCUUUUUUUAUUCUUUUUUUUGUUUGUUUUUCAAUUUCAAGACAAUAAGAAAACAUGUAGAGGAUGUGGGUGGUAUCGGUCAUCCUGAGCUCCACGACUACAUGCCAUUGUUAUGAAGCUUCUGGUCUUGUAUGGUAACUUAUUUGAUUAGAUCAACAGCAUGGGAUCUUUCUGUAGUUAGUCCUGUGUGCGUUCCUCUCCCCAGUCUCAGUAGGAAGGCUGUACUUCAUUGCUAAGUGCUCUAUAAUAGGUCUCUUGGUGAUUAUAAUUUCAUAAAGAAGCAAAUCCUGCAGAAAGUGUAUCCUGCUGAAACUAACUUGAUCCUCUCUUUAGCAAUGACGUCUAUAUUUGUAGUUCACAUAUAUGCCUGUUCGAAUACAAUAUCUUGACAGUUGUUAUAUUUAUGUUGUGUAAUAAAUGUUGUGCUGGGUUUAUACUUUUUGUUUUUUUUCUUUUCUUGGAGGCACAGUGGGUGGCUUUAUGCACAGGCAUGGAAAUCUAAAAGAUGUGGGGUUUUUUGUUUUUGUUUUUUUGUUUGUUUUUGUUUGUACUGUAACAACUCAUUCUGUUUCAGAGCUUCUGACAGUUUUUGUCUCUGGCUGCUCGACAUCCUGCGGACACCUGCCCUGAAUCUCUGUUGUGUUAUUGUGCCUCUCUUUCUUUCUUUCUUGUUUUUUUAAAUCAUUCUUUCUCUGUUGUAUCAGCCAGGAGUUGGUACCACAGCUCUGCUUGUAACCACAAUAGUCUGAUUAUGUUUAUUGAUUUUAAUAUCAAAAUAAUAAAACCAUUAGCACCCCA